AUGCCCCGGGCAGCCAGCACCAUGCAGAGUGACCGGGCAUCCUGGGGACCCCUGAGCUGGGACACAGGACACUUAAUGGGGAAAAAGAGCACUGGAGAUUUUCCUUAUGUUUAUGAAGAAGAAAACAAGGCACCGUUUGCAGCACUACCUGACAAUAUCAAGCAGCUGGAAGACUAUCUGCAGUGGGAAGAAAUCUCAAAAUACUUGCUACGGCUGCUUGAAGGGAAUGAAAAUAAAAGUGCUCACAUUUUAAAGGGCGGGCUUCCCUGGUACUCCAGGAACACCUGGGAGGCAGAUGACAAUAGCAGCUGGAAAGAUAUGAUGGACUAUCUGCUUCAAGUUAUGAAUAUGAAAGAGAGCACGCCAAGCUGAAGGGUCUCUAAAUCAUGAAGAAAUUGAAUACUUUCCAUAAGAGACUAUAUUUCACAGGCACUUGAUUGUAUCAGAUAAUCAACAAGUUCUCUUUUCUGUAAACAAGGUUUCCUUUGUGUAAAAUAUCUAAAUGCACAUAUUCUUGUAUGGUUUGGCAAUGACAAAACUGUCUACUGCAUUCUCAAGGUUGCAUUUUCUCACUUGAAUGGCUUUGAUACAUAUAUAAUUGUCACGGAAGGGUCUUCCAGUUAAUUAUGACUUACCUAUCUAAAUCAGUUCAUCUCUUCAAAACUACAUGACAUUUCAACAUUCGCAAUAAAUAGUACUAA